GGGCAUAACACCGGAAGCGGCUAGCAGCAUUAGCAGCAUUAGCUUUUCCAGCUGCGUGUUGGUCAGCUGACUGAUCAUGUGACUCCCGGUCGGUCCGGUUCCCACCUAAGAAAAUCUCCGUUUCUCCUCGAACUUCCCGCAGCAGGGAGGCAUGAAGCCGGAGACCCAGUGAGCAGCUGCUGGGUUCACAAGCGAGCCUGGUUCUGGUUCUGGUUCUGGUUCGGGCGGAAGUUUUCCUAAUUUGGGUGUGGAAGAUCCUCCAGGAUGGGUCCAGACGGGAAGAAGCUGCUGAACAUCGUCAUCCUCGGCUUCGGCUUUAUGUUCAUGUUCACAGCUUUCCAGACUUGUGGAAACAUUGAGCAAACCGUCAUCAAGAGCUUCAACAGCACCGAGUUUCAUGGAAGCGGCUAUACAAGCAUGGCGAUCAUUUACGGCGUUUUCUCCGCCUCCAACCUGAUGGCGCCCUCCGUGGUGACGCUCAUCGGCCCGCAGGUCUCCAUGUUCCUCAGCGGGAUCCUGUACAGCGGCUACAUCGCCAUGUUCAUCCACCCGCUCACCUGGAGCUUCUACACGGCCUCCGUCCUGGUGGGCGUGGCCGCCGCAAUCCUGUGGACGGCUCAGGGAAACGUUUUGGCGAUCAAUUCCACCGAUCAAUCCAUUGGGAGGAACAGCGGCGUUUUCUGGUCGCUGCUCCAGUUCAGCUUGUUCUUCGGGAACCUCUACAUCUACUGCGCCUGGCACGGCCACGACCACAUCACAGACAAGGACCGUCAGACCGUCUUCAUCUCUCUCACCGUCAUCAGUUUGGUCGGCUGCUUCCUCUUCUUCCUGAUCAGGAAACCCGACCCGGACUCUUCCUCUGGUUCUGAGGCGACAGAGUCUCUACUACAGACUGAGUCCGGAGAUGGGUCCACAGACAGUUCUUCCAGACCAGAUCUCUGCACUCAGGCUCUGGAUGCUUUUGUCCAGGCCUGCAGGAUCUCCGUCACCAAGGAGAUGCUGCUGCUGAGCGCCUCCAUCGGAUACACAGGUCUGGAGCUCACCUUCUACAGUGGCGUGUACGGAACCUGCAUCGGUGCCAUGACCCGGUUCGGGUCCGAUGCCAAGAGUCUGAUCGGCAUCUCAGGGAUCUGCAUCGGUUUGGGAGAGAUCAUAGGAGGGGGCGUCUUUGGGAUGCUAAACAAGAAAAACCGGUUUGGGCGGAACCCGGUGGUUCUGCUGGGCCUCUUAACGCACUUUGUGGCGUUUUUCCUGAUUUUCUUGAACAUCGCCAGUGACGCUCCGCUGGCGCCGGAGGGCGGCACGGAUCUGGAGGCCUUCAUCACGCCCAGUGUUGCCGUGGCGAUGAUCUGCAGCUUCCUGCUGGGCCUUGGCGACAGCUGCUUCAACACGCAGCUGCUCAGCAUCAUCGGCUUCCUGUUCCGGGACAACAGCGCCCCCGCCUUCGCCGUCUUCAAGUUCAUCCAGUCCAUCAUGGCCGCCGUGGCCUUCUUCUACAGCAACUUCCUGCUGCUGCACUGGCAGCUCCUCAUCCUCGUCGUCUUCGGCUUCCUGGGCUCCGUGUCCUUCUUCGCUGCCGAGUGGCUGGCCGAGUCCCGGAGGAGGGACUCGGACUACGGCAGCAUCUGAAGCGUCCAGCAGACGCCCAGAUGGACGGACACCAGGAGACGCUGUCAUCCCAGAUAAACUGGUUCUUUCUUUAAGCUCACCUUGCUGAUUGGGGAAGGAAAACCUGGAGCGGAUCAGACCUGAGGAAGCUGCUGCUGUAGAUGUCUGGAGACUACAGGUCACCCAGAGGAGACCAUGGACGUCCAGGUGGUCCAACCUGUCUCUGGAGACGUCCCUCACCUGCUUUAAGCAGAACGUGCUGCUGAUUCUGGGUUCUCUGCAGAACCUCUGACAUCAGAACCAGAACAUCUCAGUUUAAAUGACACACUAAGUGGGUUUAUUUAAGGGCGUCAGCGUCCAUCAGUCCGAAUAUAAAUGCACGCCACACUUUUCAGAUUAUUAAAAUGUAAAAAAAAAAAAAAAAAGUUUAGUUAAAUUGAUCUCAAAGGGAAAUUAGAGUGUAGAAACUCAGUUUUAUUGUUUUCAUGCUAAUUUUUGAGCUCUGCCUUCGACUUCCUCUGGACCAGCACAGGAAGAACCAGUUUAACGGCACCGGAACCAGUUUUCUGCACUGGUUCCAAAACCAGCAGAUAAUCCGGGUCAUCGCGCUCCGGCCUUCAUCUGGCUGAUUUCAUGGUUCGUUUAAUCCGAGUCAAUAAGGGAAAUAAUCAGUGGUGGUGAUUUCAUAUUUAUGUAGUAAUUAUGGAUGAUCGAUUGUUUUUGUUGCCAAUAAAAUCGUAUCUAAAACAUCAGCUGCUUAUCUGGUUGCAGCAGGAACCAAAGGGUUAAAGAUGGCCGACGUGAACAGAACCAGCUUCAGGAUCUCAGCAGAGACGAGUCAGAUUUUAUUCUGGGUCAUAAAACCAAGACAGCAGAUUAAGCCGAUAUUUUCUGGCUGAAUUGAGCCUCGAUUCAGUUUCACCAAAGCAGUAGCGCUUUAGUUACCAUGGCGAUUUAUCCUGACCAGGCUAACCGCCAGGCUGACCGCCAGGCUGACAGAAAAUACCAUUAUCAAUUUAAAACUUCUCCAUAGAAAACCUGAUGAGUCCAAGAGUGAAAUGGAACUGCUGGUCGUUUUGUAAAGGUUCCUGUCAAACCACAGCUGAUGUUUCUGUCCUGUUUGUUUUAUUGCUUGACAAUAAUAAAAAUACUUUAUGUUUCUUCUA